AUGUAUGCAUUGCCUACUAGUGCUGACCGUGCAGGUCACCUGUGCGUCCCGCCUGACCCAGGUAUAGGACCUGCUGCUCUAGCUACUGGUGAGGCUGCUGCUCUGGGUGCUAGUGAGUCUCCUGCUCCAGGUACAGGUGCGGCUGCUGCUCUAGGUGCUAGUGAGUCUGCUUCCUCAGGUGCGGGUGAGGCUGCGCUCUCAGGUACCGCGUUGGCUUCGGCCUCCCUCACCUUUACACUUGACUCUGGGGCUUCUCGCUCCUUCUUUCGGGACCGCACCACACUCACGCCGCUUGGUCGGCCGGUUGCAGUCUCCCUGGCUGACCCCUCUGGGGGUCCUGUCCUCGCUCACUUCUCCACUGUCCUCCCGUGUCCGGCUGCCCCCUCGGGCACCCUGUCUGGCCUGUACCUCCCCUCGUUCUCGACGAACUUGGUGAGUGGUGCAGACCUACAGGAUGCGGGGGUUCACCAGUUCACUCCUGCGAGUCAGCGGGUGACCCACUGCACGGACGCACGCACAGGCCGGCACCUGGCCACGUUCUCGCGUCGGCCGGGGUCGAGCCUCUACACCCUGACCACUCAGUCUCCUCCUGUCCCCGCGUCCGGUCAGGUAGCAGCGUCGGGUCAGGUGUUUGCUGCUGCGUCCAGGUCUGGUCCUGAGUCUGCCCCCUGUACUUGUCGCCUCCUGUCUCACGAGACUCUCCUGUGGCACCACCGUCUUGGCCACCCCUCCUUGCCCCGUCUUCGGAGCAUGGCUUCCCGUGUCCUUGUCUCUGGUCUUCCCCAGUCUCUCCCUCCUCUCCCCUCUGGGCCAGGACCUUCCUGUGUCCCCUGUGUCGAGGGUCGCCUCCGGGCUACUCCUCACUCCUCCCACUUCCCCCCGACAGAGGCUCCCCUGCAGACGCUUCACAUGGAUGUGUGGGGCCCAGCCCCCGUCCGUGGGCAGGAUUACGAGCGCUACUUCCUGUUGGUGGUUGACGACUACUCGCGUUACACCACAGUCCUCCCCUUGCGCAGCAAGGGUGAGGUCACUGAGGUGCUGAUCGACUGGAUCCGCGAGGCUCGUCUCCGGCUCAGGAAGAGCUUCGGCUCGGACUUUCCUGUUCUGCGUCUGCACUCGGACAGAGGCGGAGAGUUCUCCUCUGGCCUUCUGCGUGCCUACUGUCGUGCGCGAGGCAUCCGCCAGUCCUUCACGCUUCCGGACUCACCACAGCAAAAUGGGAUUGCUGAGCGCCGCAUUGGCAUGGUCAUGGAUGUCGCUCGUACGUCCAUGAUGCAUGCGGCUGCCCCCCAUUUUCUGUGGCCGUUUGCGGUGAGGUACGCGGCGCAUCAGCUCAACCUUCACCCCCGGGUCUCUCGGCCUGCGAUGUCCCCAGCCUUGCUGUGGACAGGGAAGGUUGGCGAUGCGUCUGUGUUCCGUGUCUGGGGAUCUCGGGCGUUUGUUCGCGACUUGUCUGCGGACAAGCUGUCCCCUCGUGCUGCUCCCUGUGUCUUCCUUGGCUUCCCCACUGACGCCCCAGGGUGGCAGUUUUACCACCCCUCCUCUCGUCGUGUUCUGUCCUCCCAGGACGUCACGUUCGACGAGUCAGUCCCCUUCUACCGUCUCUUCCCCUACCGCACUCCUUCCCUCCCCCCUCCCCCGGACUUCCUUGUACCGGUUCCCCCCCCGGUAGACCCCCUCCCCCCUCAGGUUCCUGCCCCCUCAGGUGUGUCCCAGGUAGACGCCGUUGACCCGGUCGAGGUUACAGGUGACUCUGGUGCUGCUGCGGGUGCUGAGCCUGGGGGUGCUGACUCUGGGGGUGCUGUGCGCGGGGGUGCUGAGCCUGGGGGUGCUACUGCUGGGGGUACUGGGCCUGCGGGUGCUACUGCGGAGAGUGCGGAGCCUGGGGGUGCUGAGCAGGGGGGUGCUGUGCCUGGAGGUGAUGGGUCUGGGGGUGCUGGGUCGGGAGCUGCUGAGCCUGGGGGUGCUGCGUCUGGAGCUGCUGAGCCUGGGGUUUCUCCUGCUGCUGCGUCUCGCCGGGAGCCCCUCUCUCCACAGGAGCUGCGCGAGUGGUUCGCUCGCCGCUGGAGGCGUGCUGCUGAGUCUGGAGGUGCUGCUGGAGCUGGAGCUGGAGCUUCUUCGACCGUCGAGGGUGCGGGUGCUGCCGGUCCCGGAGCUACUGGACCUGCGGGUCCUCCUGGAGCUGGAGCUGCUGAGGGCGUUGGUGCUGAGCCUGCUGCUGUUGGUCCUGCCGCUGGAGGUGUGAGUGGCGCUGGUGCUGUCUCUGAGGGCGCUGGUGCUGUCCCUGCUGCGUCUGGAGCUGCUGAGCCUGGGGUUUCUCCUGCUGCUGCGUCUCGCCGGGAGCCCCUCUCUCCACAGGAGCUGCGCAAGUGGUACGCUUGCCGCUGGAGGCGUGCUGCUGAGUCUGGAGCUGGAGGUGCUGAGGGCGUUGGUGCUGAGCCUACUGCUGUUGGUCCUGCCGCUGGAGGUGUGGGUGGCGCUGGUGCUGUCUCUGAGGGUGCUGGUGCUGUCCCUGUUGAGUCUGGAGCUGCCGCGCGGCCUCGGCCGUACUUCGUUCCGCUCCUACAGCAGGUUCUUGGUCUUUCUCCUUCGGUAGAGUGUCCACAGCCUGUCCAGUCGCAGUCACUGUUGGAGCCUUCCUCUCCUCUGCCUGCUCCCUCUCCUUACACUGGUCCUACUGGAGGUCUUGCUGAGCGUCGUGAGCCUGCGUCUCGUCCCGCGUCGCCUGUUCGUGCUGCUCGCGCUAGUGGUCGCGGUUCGCGUCAGCGUCCUCCUCCUGUCCUUGGCACGCACCGGAUGUCUCUGCGUCCGUCCACUGCUCCUCUGCGUGCCCCUUUGCCUUCGCCUCCUGAGUCCUCUCUUCCUGUGCUUGCCGACCCUGAGUCGGACUCUCUUCGCGCUGCCAGUCCUACUGUCACGCGUCUGCUUGCUACUGUCGUCACUGACCCCUCUUUUGAGUCCACUGCUGCGUCUGCUCUAGUCGCUGAGCUCGUUGACUUUGCUGCUCGCUGUCGUCUCGACUACGCUGCUGGUCUUGUUGCUGAGUCUGCGUCUGUCUGUCCUCCGUCCGUCGGGGGUGAGUGUGCUCUUGGCACGGACGUCCUAGAGGACAGACAGGAGGAGUUACAGUGUCUAGCGGCUGCUUCACCUCAUCUCGCGUCUGUACUGCUUGCCCCUGAGGGAGACCCGGAUGCACUAGACAUCCCGACUCCGCGUUCUUACGCGGAGGCCGUAGAGGGUCCCUACUCCUCUCACUGGCAGGCAGCUAUGGAUGCAGAGAUGGCUUCCUGGAAGUCCACAGGCACCUACGUUGACGCAGUUCCCCCUCCUGGGGCGAACAUCGUCAGUGGCAUGUGGAUCUUCCGGGUGAAGCGGCCGCCGGGCUCUCCACCUGUCUUCAAGGCGCGGUACGUUGCUCGUGGCUUCAGUCAGCGGCAGGGAGUUGACUACUUUCAGACCUUCUCUCCCACCCCGAAGAUGACCACUCUUUGGGUGCUGCUGCACAUAGCCGCUCAGCGCGACUACGAGCUUCACUCUCUCGACUUCAGCACUGCGUUCCUGCAGGGUAGCCUGCACGAGGAGAUCUGGCUGCGCCGUCCACCUGGCUUCACUGGGACUUUCCCUCCUGGCACCCAGUGGAGCCUCCGACGGCCAGUCUACGGUCUCCGCCAGGCACCGCGUGAGUGGCACGACACACUGAGGACUACGCUUGCGGCUCUUGGGUUUGCUCCUUCUACUGCUGACCCGUCGCUGUUUCUGCGCACCGACACUUCACUACCGCCGUUCUACAUCCUCGUGUACGUCGACGACUUGGUCUUUGCCACAGCGGACACUGCUGGACUCGCCUACGUGAAGUCCGAACUGCUGAAGAGACACACGUGCACAGACCUGGGUGAACUGCGCAGCUACCUUGGCUUGCAGAUCACUCGGGACAGAGCACGCCGCACCAUUACCUUGACUCAGUCACACAUGGUGCAGCAGGUCCUUCAGCGCUUUGGCUUCACGUACUCCUCGCCUCAGGCCACUCCUCUGCCUACUCGCCACUCACUCUCAGCUCUGCCUUCGGAUGAGUCCGUAGAGUCGAGUGGUCCGUAUGCAGAGCUUGUUGGCUGCCUCAUGUACCUGAUGACCUGCACACGACCUGACCUUGCAUAUCCUCUGAGCAUUCUUGCACGCUAUGUUGCUCCUGGGAGACACAGACCAGAGCACAUGGCUGCAGCGAAGAGGGUAUUGCGCUACCUGUGCAGUACGUCGGGCAUGGGGCUUGUGCUUGGAGGGCGGAGUCCAGUGGUCCUUACCGGCCACGCGGACGCUUCUUGGGCUGACGACCAGGCUACGCAGCGGUCGUCACAGGGUUACACCUUCAGCCUUGGUUCCGGCUCUGUCUCGUGGCGGUCUACUCGCUCGUCUUCGGUUCUCGGCUCCAGUUGUGAGGCUGAGAUCUACGCCGGGACCAUGGCUGCACAGGAGCUUCGCUGGCUCACCUACCUGCUGACUGACCUUGGAGAGCCGCCUCGUUCUCCUCCAGUGCUGUACGUAGACAACAAGGCCAUGCUGGCCUUGUGUCGAGAGCAGCGCUUGGAGCACAGAACGAAGCACAUUGCUCUCCGCUACUUCCUUGCUCGUGAGCUGCAGCAGCGUGGUCAGUUGCGACUUGCGUACGUGGCCUCUGAGGCCAACACUGCUGAUGUGUUCACCAAGGCACUCGCGCCUUGUGACCAUCAGCGCUUUUGCACCCAGCUGGGUCUUGUGCCUGUCUUGCCUCACUUACUCUCCUCUUGA